AUGAAGCCGCAUGAUAAAGGCAACGGCAAAGAUGCACAGCCAGCCUCAGCUGAUGCAGAGAAUAAAUCUUCUCCAUUGGAGUCCGAUCCGGAACCUCCUGUGAAGGUUGAUCAGCAAAGUGCAGGUAGAAGGAAAACCAGCAAAUACUUUGCGGAUAAACAGAAGCCGAAAGAGGAAAAAGAGGUGGUGACAACCCCAGCAAAGAGAAAGGCUCAGGGUGAUGGUAGUCCAGCUGUGAAAACAACACCUCCUAGGAAGAUGCAGAAAGUUAAUGAUGACGAUGAAGAUGAUGAUGACUUUGUGGUGCCACGUAAAAAGGUCACAGCUGAGGCCACCCCUAAUAAGAAACUGAAGAGUGGGUCUGGCAGGGGGGUCAGUCAGAAGGCUAUAGAAAUUGAUGCGAGUGACGAAGAUGAUGGUGAGGAUUCUAAACAGCCUCCUAAGGCUGGCGGAAGAGGUCGUGGUGGUAGAGCGGCAGCUGGGCGUUCAGCUGGUGGACGAGGAAGAGGGGCUAGCCAGAAGGCUUUAGAAAAUGAUGUGAGUGAUGAGGAUGAAGCCGAGGACACUGAACAACCUCCUAAGGCUGGUGGAAGAGGUCGUGGUGGUAGAGGUCCAGCUGGGGCUUCAGCUGGUGGAAGAGGCAGAGGUGGUGGCCGUGGUGGAUUUAUGAACUUUGGUGAAAGGAAAGAUCCUCCACAUAAAGGAGAAAAGGAAGUCCCAGAGGGUGCUCCCGACUGCUUAGCUGGUUUAACUUUCGUAAUAAGUGGCACUCUUGAUAGUUUGGAAAGAGAAGAAGCAGAAGAUUUGAUUAAACGCCAUGGAGGUCGCAUUACUGGAUCUGUCAGCAAGAAAACGAGUUUCCUUCUGUGUGACGAGGAUAUCGAGGGGCGAAAAUCUGCCAAAGCUAAAGAGCUUGGCACUCCAUUCCUUACGGAGGAUGGUCUUUUUGAUAAGAUCCGCUCAUCGAAACCUGCAAAGGUGCCAGCAAAAGAAGUGCCAAAGAGUUCUGUGGAGAAAGCUUCACCCCUCCCCAGGAAAAGUCCUCAGAAAGCAGAAGUGAAGGGUAAAUCUGUAGCACAUUGUUCUGCUGAUAAGGCUUCAGCCAAAGCUGUUUCUCCUGCAAAGAAAAGGCAAACCAUUGAGCACUCCUCACUGCCAUGGACCGAGAAAUAUAGGCCUAAAGUUCCGAAUGACCUAGUUGGAAAUCAAUCUUUGGUUAACCAGCUUCAUACUUGGUUAAAGAGCUGGAAUGAUCAGUUCCUUGGAAAUGUAAAAAAAGUAAAGGGCAAAAACCAAAAUGAUUCUAGUGCCAAGAAAGCCGUGUUACUAAGUGGAACACCGGGAAUAGGGAAAACAACGUCUGCAAAGCUGGUCUGUAAGAUGCUUGGUUUUCAAGCAAUUGAGGUCAAUGCAAGUGACAGUCGCGGGAAGGCAGAUUCAAAAAUAGUCAAAGGAAUUGGUGGAAGCAAUGCAAACUCCAUAAAGGAACUUGUCAACAAUGAAUCUCUGGGAUCUAGAAUGGACAGGCUGCAACAUGAAAAGACAGUUCUCAUCAUGGAUGAGGUAGAUGGGAUGUCUGCAGGAGAUAGAGGUGGUGUGGCUGAUCUUAUUGCUAGCAUAAAGAUCUCCAAAGUGCCUAUUAUCUGUAUCUGUAACGAUCGAUACAGUCAGAAGCUAAAAAGUCUUGUAAAUUACUGCCUGCCUUUGAACUUCCGCAAACCUACAAAACAACAGAUGGCAAAGAGGUUAAUGCAGAUUGCAAAUGCCGAAGGACUUAAAGCUGAUGAGAUCGCCCUUGAGGAACUCGCAGAAAGAGUGAACGGAGACUUGCGGAUGGCAGUAAAUCAAUUGCAGUACAUGAGUCUUUCCAUGUCGACUAUUCAGUACAGCGACGUGAAGCAACGCCUUCUAAGCAGUGCAAAGGAUGAAGAUAUCUCACCAUUUACAGCCGUCGAUAAGCUGUUUGGCUUUAACGGAGGGAAGCUGCGAAUGGAUGAGCGGAUUGACCUCAGCAUGAGUGAUCUAGAUUUGGUCCCUCUUUUAAUUCAGGAAAACUAUAUUAACUACAGGCCUAGUGUUGCUGGGAAGGAUGAAAAUGGGAUAAAACGGUUGAACUUGAUUGCUCGUGCUGCAGACUCGAUUGCGGAUGGCGAUUUAGUAAAUGUGCAGAUCCGAAGACAUAGACAGUGGCAGCUCUCCCAGGCCAGCUCCCUAGCAUCUUGCAUCAUCCCUGCUGCAUUAUUACAUGGGCAGAGGGAGACCCUUGAACCGGGGGAAAGGAAUUUUAAUAGGUUUGGAGGCUGGCUAGGAAAGAACUCAACUAUGGGAAAGAAUGUGAGACUUUUGGAGGAUCUACAUGUUCACCUUCUUGCAUCUGGGCAAUCAAAUAUGCGGAGGGGUGCUCUUCGGCUUGAUUAUAUUACGCUUCUCCUGAAACAAUUGACUGAUCCUCUGCGAAUGCUGCCCAAGGAUGAAGCAGUAGAUAAGGUUGUGGAGUUCAUGAAUGAAUACUCAAUAAGUCAGGAAGACGUGGAGACAAUUAUCGAGCUGGCUAAAUUUAAGGGGCACCCAAAUCCAUUGGAUGGUGUUCCAUCGGCCGUUAAAGCAGCUUUGACGAGAGCAUACAAAAACAGAUCAGGAUUGGUACGCGCUGCAGAUAUGGUCCCAGUCCCCGGGAUUAAAAAGGGCCCUAAGAAGCGCAUUGCAGCAAUGUUGGAACCAUCUGAUGAAGGUUUAGGGGAGGAAAAUCUUGAUGCAGUUGAUGCGACCGAUGAAGAGAACUCUUCUGACAUGGAGGAUCAAGAAAGCACUCUUGAUGGGGCGAAACUGCAGAGUAGCCUGCAAAGUUUAAAUUCCAAAGGAAUAAAAGUUGAGAUGGAACUGAAGGGUGCCCCUAAUUCAAAUGGGAAGAAGAAAGCGGGAGGUCGAGGUAAAGGGGCAUCGGCUGCUGGUUCAGCAGAAAAGAAACCUGCAGGUAGGGGAAGAGGUGGUGGGUCGGGUUCUUCUGGGACUAAGAGAAAGAGAUAG